CUGAGUACAAUAUUGAGAUACGUGUGGUGAUAUCGUGAACUAUCAACAGCGUGAAAAACAAAUUUUAUGUAUUUUUUAAAUUUGUUGAAAAUUUCACCAAAUAAUACUCUGUAUUUUAUGUUAUAUAUUGUUUUGAACAUGAGUACGUAUUCUUGGAGUUAUAAAACGCCUGUAAGUCGCACAGUUCCCGAAAAACAAGACGAAAACGAAGACGAAGAAGAGGAUAAAGAAAAAGAAAUUGAAAUUGUUAAAGAUGAAAAAUCGGAUGCACACAUCAAAGAAAGUGAAGUAAAAAUUCUUCCUCCAAAAAGACUGAACUGGAGAGCAAAGAUAUAUGUUGGCAAUUUGGAUCGUAAAACCAAUGAAGCAUCACUUGCGUAUUAUUUCUCUGUUUUUGGAGACAUUGAAGAUAUUAAGUUAAUCCGUGAUCAUAAUACAAACGAGUCGCGUGGGUUUGCUUUUAUAACAUUUGAAAAGUUGAGGCAGCUGAAAAAGCAAAGAAAUGGUGUUCAUUUAAUUAUCCGGUGCUUGAUGACACUAGGAUUACAGUGGCAAGCGCUGAACGAAAGUCAAAGAAGAUCAACCUCCCCGAAAAGGAAAAGAAGCUUCAUCCGUCGUUCAUUAUUUUGGGAGUUUAAAUGGAUCAAUAAACAUGAUGCACCGAUCUUUGGUCCAUAUGAAACAAGUGCAAUGCGAUCUUGGAAGAAUCAGGGUUAUUUUGAUCGUGGCUGUUGGGCAAGGCAGGUACCUCAGCGUGUGGAAGAGAAAAAAUCUAAAACGAAUCUUGACGAUGUCACUCGUGGUUCACUCUUGACAGGAGAGAAAAAUAUAAAAGUUUCUGAAACAAUAGACGAAUCGCCUUUAUCUAAAAAACCUAAACUGGUUAUUGAUUACUCUGAUUCCGAAGAUGAGGAGAAUGAGGGAUCAAUGUGGAUAAUAAAGAAACAUAUGGUGGUAAUGAUGACCCGAUUCAUAAUGAUCGUGUAGAACCAGCAUUUGAUUGUAAAGGGAUUGAAGAGAAUAAAGGAGAACAAACAUCUGAUAUUAAGGGGACUGAAGAUCAUAAUGGGGGACAAAAAUCAUCUGAUAAUACGGGGAUUCAAGAUGGUAAUGAAAAACAAAAGAUAUCUAAUACAAAAGGGAUUCUAGCUGAUAAUGGAGAAAAUAUGAGAUUUGAAGUGGAUAGCAGAGUAAGAAAUUGUGACGUGGAAAAUGAAACUGCCAUUCGACGUAAUGAUUUUCGUUCGUCCAAAGAAGAUCGUGAAAAAAUCACUGAAGAACAAGAUCAAAAUGAUUUUAAAGAAUCUGUAAAAGAAGGCAAAGCACUAGAAAAUAAGUUGAGAGAGGUUAUAGGCCAAAACGGUAAUGAAAAUGGUGUUAUUUUAGCCAAAGACAACGUUGAUUUGACCUCAAAACAUGACCACUGCUCAACACAAACUCAACUGUUGGAGGAUGGGAAAAUGGCCAACACUUCUAACGGUGUGCAAAAAGGUAGUUUUGAUCUUCUUGAGCUUUAUGAGCGACAAGAAACCACCGGCCACGAUGAAAAUAAAACGGAAAGUACCGAAACAGUAUCACGUGAUAUUAAUGAUGAUUCAAGUAGUGACGAUGACGUCAUUGAUGACGACGAUGACGACAUAACGACUGAGUUUGUUUCCAUUUCAGAGAUAGAUUUCGAUUUCUACCCGUGAGAAAACACGAUGCAACAUAAAUAUGUUAACGUUUCAUGCAACGAAUAAAUUUUAAUAUUUAUAAUCCUUGUCAGUUGUGAAUCCAGUGUUUGUCAAAAUAAAUUAUAAUUGCUCGAGUUGAAAUUCAAAGAACCGUUGUACAAAUUUAGUCCUACUUUGUAAAUUUCACUCUGUUCACUGACUUUGAAUACAAUAUAUUUCUUAAGAAACAAA